AUGUUUAGUAACAGACUACCACCUCCAAAACAUUCUCAAGGACGAGUUUCGACGGCUUUGAGCUCAGAUCGCGUUGAGCCGGCAAUAUUGACUGACCAAAUCGCUAAAAACGUUAAGCUCGAUGAUUUUAUUCCAAAGAGACAGUCUAAUUUCGAACUAUCGGUUCCUUUGCCAACGAAAGCAGAAAUCCAAGAAUGUACAGCAAGAACCAAGUCAUACAUUCAGCGGCUUGUGAAUGCGAAACUAGCCAACUCAAAUAACAGGGCAUCAUCAAGGUACGUCACCGAAACACAUCAGGCACCCGCGAAUCUAUUAUUGAACAACAGCCACCAUAUUGAGGUAGUGUCCAAGCAAAUGGAUCCAUUGUUGCCAAGGUUCGUUGGGAAGAAGGCGAGAAAGGUUGUAGCACCCACAGAAAACGACGAAGUCGUGCCUGUUCUCCAUAUGGAUGGCAGCAAUGAUAGGGGAGAAGCUGAUCCAAAUGAGUGGAAGAUACCUGCAGCUGUGUCAAACUGGAAAAAUCCAAAUGGUUAUACCGUGGCCUUGGAAAGACGUGUAGGUAAAGCUCUUGACAACGAAAAUAAUACCAUCAACGAUGGGUUUAUGAAGCUCUCCGAAGCGUUAGAAAACGCUGACAAGAAGGCAAGACAAGAGAUCAGGUCCAAAAUGGAAUUGAAGCGGCUUGCUAUGGAACAGGAAAUGCUUGCUAAAGAAUCUAAAUUGAAAGAAUUGAGCCAACGAGCCAGAUACCACAACGGGACUCCGCAGACGGGAGCAAUAGUUAAGCCCAAAAAGCAAACGAGCACAGUGGCCAGACUAAAAGAGCUGGCGUACUCUCAAGGAAGAGACGUAUCCGAAAAGAUAAUUCUGGGCGCAGCAAAGCGUUCAGAACAACCGGAUCUGCAGUACGAUUCAAGAUUUUUCACAAGAGGGGCAAAUGCCUCCGCCAAAAGGCAUGAAGACCAGGUUUAUGACAACCCACUGUUCGUCCAACAAGAUAUUGAAAGCAUAUACAAGACCAACUACGAAAAGCUGGACGAAGCGGUCAAUGUUAAGAGUGAAGGUGCCAGUGGUUCUCACGGCCCCAUUCAGUUUACUAAAGCUGAAUCCGAUGAUAAAUCGGAUAACUAUGGCGCCUAG